AUGGGGCUCUGUUCUAGCAAUGAAACAUCAACAAAAGAAGCUGACUUCGAAGCUGCUGUUUCAGCAACUGGAUAUGGAAAAUUCCACUAUCUCUUGUACUUGGCCGUGAUUCCCGCAACAUGGGCAUCUGGUUUUGAUACUUCAACUACGUCAAUGAUAAUUCCAUCUGCGGAGUGUGAUUUCCAUCUUACUCUUUUUCAAAAGGGUGUUCUAAAUGCAGCAGUAUAUGCUGGCAUGGUCAGUAGUGCAUUCAUGUGGGGUUUGAUGGCUGAUGCAUUCGGACGAAAACCAGUUGUUUUAUAUGGCUAUUUAUUUGAUGGAAUUCUAAAUGUUUUAAGUGGAUUAUCACAAAACUUCUACGUUCUGCUAUUUUUUAAAUUUACAUGUGGCUUUGUAGUAAGCGGACCUUAUGCUUCCGUUAUGACAUACUGCGCUGAAUUUCAUUCAACAAAAGAUAGACCUAAGGUGACUAUGAUCCUUGGAUUCUUUCUUACUGCUGGAAGUAUAGUGGGAGCUGCUCUAGCAUUUCUAAUUAUUCCACAAAAUAUAGUAUUUAGUUAUAAUAGUUUUUAUUGGCGUUCGUGGCAGAUAUAUUUAUCAGCAUGUGGAUUACCAAUUCUAUUCGGAGCGAUGAGCCUCGGGCUUUUUCCAGAGAGUCCAAAAUUUUUAAUGAGUCAAGGUAAAAAUAAAAAGGCUCUUAAAGUUUUCAGAAAAAUGUAUGCAAUGAAUUUUGGGAAAUCCAAGGAAGCUUAUCCGGUACGUAAAUAUUUUAAAAUCUAA